AUGCUUGGCUGGGUUGGUGGCAGCAGUUGCUGGAAUCCUUCUCUGACGGCGCAAUGGACUGACGAUUUAAGAACGGUGGCGGCUAGCGGAUGGCUGGCGAACUUUGGGGGAGGCUUACCUGUGACCGGCAGCACCGACGGCAUCGGGAAGGAGUAUGCAAUGGAGCUGGCACAGCGUGGCCUGAACAUCGUCCUGAUAAGUAGAAAUGAAGAGAAGCUGAAGAACGUGGCCCGAGAGAUAGAGAAGCAGUACAGCGUGAAGACGAAGAUCAUCGUGGCCGACUUCAGCUCCGGGGCUGAAGUGUACCGGCAUAUCGAGGAGGAGCUUAAAGACAUUCCUUUAGGGAUUCUAGUGAAUAACGUGGGCGUGCAAUACGACUACCCUUGCCGGCUUUGCGAGCUGCCGCCGUCGAAGGCGUGGGAGAUCAUCAACGUGAAUGUCGGCGCGGUGACGUCGAUGACUCGGCUGGCGCUGCCGGCGAUGGCGGCGAGGGGCCGCGGGGCGGUCGUCAACGUGUCGUCGGGCGCUGAGCUGCAGCCGCUGCCUUUGAUGGCGGUAUACGCCGCCUCCAAGGCGUACGUGCGCAACUUCACGCUGGCCGUGCGCGAGGAGUACGCCGGCAGCGGGGUGCACGUGCAGCACCUCUCGCCGCUGUUCCUCUCGACCAAGAUGAACGCGUUCUCCGCGCGCCUGGUGCGCGGCGGCGCGCUCGUGCCCGACGCGAGGACGUACGCGCGCCACGCCGUGGACGCCCUCGGCCGCGUCAGCGACUCCACCGGCUACUGGCUGCACGGCGUUCAGUACUUCUUCAUUAAGGCCGCACCGGAGUGGUUCAGGAUCAAAAUUGGCAUGCACAUGAACGAGGGUUUCAGGAAGGAGCACCUGCAGAGCAUCAGCGCUGAGGCGCAG